AUGGAGACUCCAGUGGCUCUCGUCACUUCAGUGCCAGAAAAGACACUGGAUGAUAUUGAAGCUGGCUCAAAUACACCGACAAUCAACAAUGACGAGAACGUUGUCGACUGGGAUGGGCCCCAAGAUCCCCGAAACCCACUGAAUUGGUCGGCGCGAUUGCGUUAUGGCCAUGUUGUCAUCGUCUCGCUACUUUCGCUAGUAGUCAACCUUGCUGCCACCAUGAUGGCUCCGGGUAUGGAAUAUGUCGUGAGAGACAUUCACAUCACAAGCCAAACUAUCGGUACUCUAUCCGUGACGAUCUACCUCUUGGGUUUCGCACUGGGGCCGCUCAUUAUCUCCUCUGCUUCCGAGAUGCAUGGCCGCCUCAUCGUCUAUCACGUUUGCAACGUCCUUUUCAUUGCCUUCAUCGUUGGUACGGCCCUCAGCAAAACUGUCCCCCAACUGCUCAUCUUCCGGGUUCUUUCUGGCAUUGCUGGCUCCGCCCCGAUGACAAUUGGUGGAGGUACCAUUGCAGAUGUCAUUCCAUCAGAAGCCCGUGGACCGGCUGGAGCAUUGUUCGCCCUUGGACCUCUCAUGGGACCAGUUCUUGGGCCGGUGAUAGGGGCCGUAAUGGCUACUCGCGAAGGUUGGCGCUGGACGUUCUGGCUCAUGACCAUCAUGAGCAGUGUCAUUUCACUGAUAGCACUGAUCUUUCUCCGCGAAACUCACCCAAAUAUACUUCUAUCCCGCAAAGCCGACGGUCUCCGCCGUGAAACCGGAAACCAAGAGUUAUUCUCGAAGCUGGACCGUCGUCUGACACCAUCUCAGAUCCUGGUGGGCGCCUUUGUGCGAACCGGAAAGCUUCUCAUAUUCUCCCCCGUUGUCCUCAUCAUGUCCGUUUAUGUUGGUCUCGUUUUUGGUCUUCUAUACCUUCUAUUCACCACAAUCACACCCAUUUUCCAAGGUGUAUACGGGUUCGGCGCCGAGAUCGUGGGGCUGGCCUACCUGGGAAUCGGUAUUGGUGAGCUGUGUAGCCUCUUCGUCUUCGGCACUCUGAGUGAUCGCGUGUCCAAGUGGCGCGCAAAGUCUGAAGGUCGAUCUGUGCCUGAGCAUAGGCUGAUACUGAUGAUAUGGUUUGCUCCCUCGAUGACCAUUGGCUUCUUCAUCUAUGGAUGGACGGCAUACUAUGAGGUGCACUGGAUCGCACCCAUCAUCGGCACCUUCUUCAUCGGCUUUGGCGCCUUCUUCGUCAUUCUGCCUGCUCAGAUAUACUUGGUGGAUGUGUUCGGCUCCGAGGCCGCUGCAUCAGCCCUUGGCGCAAACAUCCUUCUGCGUUGCCUCUUUGGUGCUUUUCUACCACUGGCUGGGACGAAGAUGUACGAGACACUGAACUACGGUUGGGGUAACACUCUUCUUGGUUUCUUGUCGUUGGCUUUCGUUCCAGCUCCGAUGCUCUUCUACAAUGGUAGCAUUCGAGUUAAUGCUUCCGAGUCUCGUUACGUCGACAGCGGCCACUGGGCUUCUAUCCUGGAUAGCAUCGCCGAGCUCAAGGAUCACCUGGAGGCUGAAGAGGACGUUCUGACUGAGAGUGCGACCCCGGCUUCAGUACCAGCUCCAGAAGACGACAUGGAAAUGCCGCUUCUGUACAGCGUUCGUCCAGCCUCGAAAGCGCAGAUUUUGGACGCACUUCCUCCCAAGCAAGUCUUAGAUCGGUACAUUGCCUACUAUUUCAACUCGCUAGAUCUAGCCGCCGGUCACUGCGAUUCACACUGGCAAUAUGAGAAGUUCUGGGAGUCCCCGGCUGAUGUCCCCGUCAUGUGGCUCGGACUGUUGUAUUCGAUCAUGUGCAUGGCUGUUAUGUCGUCCGACUUAGCAGGCAUGUCCGAAGCAGAAGAUCCGACGGCGUUGGUCGACCAGUACCGCGAGAAAACGGCACAAUGUCUCAUUCUGGGCAGAUACGCCAACGGCGGCCCUUACACAUGGGAGACUUUGUAUCAAUAUGUCGUCAUCGAACUAUCAUCCCGCAAAGAUCUCACUCAGACGAUAGGAAUCCUCCAUGGACUGUCGAUGAACCUACUGUUACAAAUGGGUUAUCACAGGGACCCGUCUCACUUUCCCAACCUCACGCCUUUCGAAGGUGAGAUCAGGCGGAGAAGUUGGGUCAAGUCAAUGGAGGGCGACCUCCAGAUGUCACUGAAAACGGGAAUUCCACGAAGGAUCGGUAGCAGUUUCUGGGACACCAAGGAGCCACGCAAUCUUCACGACUCUGACUUUGACGAGGAUACCAAAGAGCUCCCUCCCAGUAAACCCGAGACUGAGGUGACGGCGGUCCUUCAACUCAUCGGGAGAAGUCGUAUGCUUGUAGCAGUCUGUGCCGCAGUUGAUCUGUCCACUUCUGUUAAGCCUCGAGCUUACUCCGAGGUGUUGGCCGUGGACCAACAACUACGGGACGCAGAACAAAGUCUGCCACCGCCGUUGAAGAUGAAGCCUCUCUUGGCUUCUGUUCUUGACCCUCCACAGCUGAUCAUGCACCGGCAUUACUUGAAUCUCAUGUUUCGCAUGGGAGAGAUGAUGCUACAUCGGAAGUACCUGAACAUCGACACUGAGAAAGACACAUCUCCGACGCUGAUUCUACCAUCGAUGACCAAUUCUAUCCGAUGGAGCACGGUCGGCGCUAUCAUGCGUACCGGUCAGGAUCAUAUUUCGCUCCAAAUGACGAGGUACAUCAAGCCUAAAGCCGAGAUACUGCAGAGUCAGCAUUUGCUAAUUGUGCCGAACUUGAAGAGCGAAAAUGAUCGACUUGACUUCACGCACGCCUUGAUUCGCAAAACUCUUAAUGGAGAACUUUAUCUAGCUCCGUUGGAACCUGAGAAAGUCCACCGGAUCCUCGACAUCGGAACUGGGACGGGUAUUUGGGCCAUCGAAAUGGGUGAUUUGUUCGAGCAUGCUGAAAUCGUUGGUAAUGACUUGAGCGCCAUCCAGCCAGAAUGUAAUUUGAGCUCCGGCGGAUGGGCCGAAUUCCAGGACUAUGACUUCCUGUUCAAAUCAGAUGACGACACUCUGAAAGAAGAGCAUCAUACAUGGCAGUGGAACCACCAAUUCAUCGAUGCCACUGUUAGCAUCGGGCGCGAGUCCCGCCCAGGCCCCAAACUGGAAGCAUGGGUGAGGGACGCCGGCUUCAAAAACAUCCAUCACCGUGUACACAAAUGGCCAAUUGGGCCAUGGGCUAAGGACCCAUACUUUAAAGACAUUGGAAUGUGCAAUCUCGUGCAGCUUCUAGAAGGACUUGAAGCGUUCACGUUGCGUGUCUUCUGCGGGGUUCUGAAAUGGCCAGAGGAGAAGGUCCUCGUCCUAUUAGCCAAAGUUCGUGCGGAACUGAAGGCGGGUACUUUCCACGCUUAUGGAAACUUCCACGUCGUCUACGGCCAAAAGCUGUAG